CAAAAAAUAAUAGAAAAUGUGCUGAUUAGAGGUCAAGUAGUAGUGGUAAUUGCGUUUUUAUUCGACAUCCCAUAAAUCCGCGAGAUCCUCGAGUAGUCUACAGAUAACCGCGACCAACCGAAGUACUCGUGCCAACAGAGAAUGAAUCGAAAUACGCGCAUUUCCUGUGAUUUUUGAAGUGGUAAUCGCGACUAUCAUGUGAUCCAAUUCACGUUAUUUCGCUCGCGUACAUUCAUUAAAUUGUGUAUUGUGAAGUGUUUAGUUCGAUCGACGUACAAGAUUGGUUUCCAAAUCAGUUACAUGGAUGCUGAACGUAUGGCUGAAAGCGAUAUUAUGCUCUCGUCGAUGGACGAAGAGCUGAUAACAGAUAUAAAACGUCCAUCUCUUAUCAGUAUAACAUCCGAAGACUCGCACGCCGGAUCCGACGAAGAAAGAAAUAUACCCAGCGAUUACGGUCCCAUCAACUACAACAUCGUCGGAUCUACCCCUAUAAAAGAAUCCAUCGAAGAAUACGAUUUCAAAAUGCCAGCUUUCCCAUCACUCAGAGAUGGUAAACGGUUCUCUCUCACGCCUCAAGAUAAUCCUCCAUCAUGCGUGUACUCGAUAAACAAAUCCAACUCUUUGCACGACGUAUCAUCUAUCGUAUCAUUCUCACCUCUACGUCGAGACUCGUCAUCGUGUAUGUAUUCGACGGAAACGUUGCAGAGUACCUCGAUAGCUACCACGAAGUCUAAAGAUUCGGGCUUCCAAAGAUCCACCAGCUGUAGUAGUCUAACUACCAACGCUUCGAAGAAAUACGAUCACGUACAGAGUAAAGUUAAACAAUACAUUCAUACGAUCAAACAAACCGAAGCUUUACGUAAAAUGCAAAAACGUUUAGAAAGACAAUCGCUGGAAAGCAUGGAAACUCUAAGUUCGCCCGAAGCUAGUCCUACAACCGAGACCUUACCAGUCUCCAAAAAAGACUUACUCAAUAAAGUAAAAGAACUAGAAGAAGAAAUCAAAGAAAAAGAUUGCGUCAUCGAACAACUAGAAAAAAACCAUUCCGAACUAAGACUCAAAUACGCCGCAGCCGAAACACGUAUCGAUGAUUUGCGAAUACGAGUUUGCCAAAACGAAGACCCAAUCACGAGCUACAUAAGCGACGAAAAAGUCGCCGAAUUACUCUCCGGUAGUGUGAAAAACCCAAACCACGUUACCAAAUCCAUCACCAACCCGAGUAUCAAAAAAGAACCGGAGUUUACCUCGUACGAAGCAGCUUUCGCCAGACCCUUCAACGUACGCCAAUUACAGCCGAUUAAGAAAUUCAACAGUUCGUCAAUCCGAUUAAAUGAAACUUAUCCGGUGCUAAAAUCGAGUAUUCCUAAAUCAUCGUCGUGCAAAUAUGUCAAAGAAUCUAACUACGAGUUAUCAAAGUCAGCCUCGAGUUUAGACAAAGCUUGCGCCGGAUUCGCCGAAAACGACGUACUCAAUUAUUCACGCGCUAAGGUCCAACAAUGGCAGAGAUCAUUGGUGAACUUGAACCAUCCAAACGAAGACCAUGGUAUGGAAGUAUGUUACGGGUCAGUUCCAUCGGCAUCUCCGGCCAACCUCGCCUGUUACGAGAAUAUCCACCGAAGCCGAUGCUGCAUCCACGACCAAGAUGCAGACUCCAUCAUAGUCCCAGCCGAUAAAGAGAAAUGCGCCAUGGGCAACAGCAACAGCACAAAUCGACGAUACCUUAAGAAUAAAGACGCUGACAAAAAGUGCUACAGGAAAUCAUACCCUGUUGGAUGUAAAUGCGAAAAAUACAUUAAAAAAGUCAAAGAAGAGAAGAAAACCGUGCUUCGAGCACCGAAAAAGAAACUCUUCAGAUCGGUUUCGUUCGCCAACAGCUACGACAACGAGUCAAUCACCAGCAGUAUGUACGAAGAGGAAGAAGACAGCUCGUCAGAUUCGUCCACAGCUCUACCGGUCUUUGUAUCGAAACACGAAAGCUACAAAGAUUACAAACAGCGUAAACUGCUAGAGAAAUACGAACGUCGGAAAACGCCACCUAAGUGGAACGAGAUCAAAAAAGCCAAGUCAGCGACUAGUCUGCAUCGUGAUCAGAAACCCAGCCGGAAUAAAAGAUUGAUCGAGAAUGUGUCCACCAGUUACGAGCAUUCGUGCGCCGAACGUAAACAUUGUGGGAGUAAAUCGCACAAGAAUAAGUAUCGCAAGCUCGACGAUUGCAGCAAGGUCGCUGCGACUGGAUGUGGCUCUAGUCAGCUUAUGAGGUGUCGCAGCAGUACCGGUUACGGGGUGUAUCCUGAAGAGUCGCAGGCUAGCUUGCAACAUUCCAAAUCGUUCGAUGUGUGUGGCCAAAGGACGUACGAUGAGGAUACGGAGGCUUCGAAUCAUCGAUACAAUAAACUAGAAUGCUCGUGCUUGACGGCAUUGGAAAAGCUCAAAAUACAAGAACACAAUACAUUGGCCAAAUUCGCCGAACAUAUGAAGAAACAUUCACGCUCUAAGCCUCAAGACAAUAGCGUGCAGUUGGCUGCCUACAAAAGAUACUCGUUAAACAAAUAAUUUAUUAUCGCGAUAAUAAUUUAUUGAUAAUAAUUCCUCCUUAUAAGUUGUUGUUUUUUCUCCCCUUAUUUAAUGAUACUUAAGGUUACUUGUAAUAUGCUCGUUAUUACAAUAAGCAAAGUAAUACGUAUAGUCUGACUUCUUUAGGUAGCAAGUUGGUAUUUAGUCAUUUUUUUUUCGUCAAAAUAUUUUGUUGUAUAGUUUUUUUUUCUGUGAGAUUGAGUGUAGGAUUUUUUUUAUAUACUUAAAGAAAAUGUGUUUGUAAGUAUAAUAUUUUAUGUAUGUUACCACAUGUUAUGGUAAGUUUUUUUUUUUUUCUGUAGGUAACGAAGAACAAUCUAUUGAUAACAAUUGAUGGCAAUUGCUUAGCUUUAAUUUAUCAAUACGUGAACCUAAUUCUCUCGUAACUAAUGUUCCUAAGGACUAAAAAUUUUCACUCGUGUAAUUUUUCUUAAUUUCUAGUCUUAAUAGUCUACAUGUACAUAUAAAUAUUAGGUACAUUCAUUUAUCAUCAUUAUUAACUAGUCUCCACCACGUGAAACUAAUCAAGUCUAAAACAAAUUAAAGUAUCUUUAAUUUUUUUUUUUUUUAAAAAGUCAAUCUAGAACGCACAAAAUCAAGGUAAACCGAACUUUCAAUUUUUUUAAAAUUAUUUUUAAUAUUUUUAAUAUUUUUUAAUUGUAUAUAUUUUUUUCUUUAAGGAUAAUAUUUGUUACAAAAUUUACAUUAUUUGAUGUAGUUUGUAUAUUUAAUUGGUAAUUUGUACUUUGUUUUCUCGCCGUUGAUACCAAAUUGAAUAUUUUUUUUGGAAAUAUUUUGUGAUUAUUUUCUUUUUAUGUGUACUGUAAAUGUAAAAAUUAAUAAGGUGAGAUUUUUUUAAAAUAACUUAUUACAAUUGGAAUUACUCGUAUGAUAAGAUGUGCUCUAGUCGAGAUGUGCCAUAUAUUUCUCUCGCCUUUGUUGCUCAAUACAGAAUGUUAUACUGUAGUGUAGGUAACACUUUAGGGAUCGCACAAAAUUUUUACAUAGAUAAUACUCUUUGUAAUGCUGUGAAUUUUCGUUGUUAUGAUUAUAUUAUUAUUGAUCGAUUGCUCUAUUCUAUAAAUGACUGUAAUACUUAAUCGUUGUUACCGUGUUGUGGACAAUUGUACGGGUUAACGUAUAAUGUUAAAUGUCACUGUUGUGUUAAAGGUUCAUUGAUUCGGUAUCGUGUAUUUUAUAUACCUAUACCUAGACCCAUAGACAUAGACUUGUACCAAUGUACAAGUACAUGUAUGUUUGUAAUUAGGUACGUGAAUUUUCUCAUUAUCGUGGUACCUACUAUACUCAUUCAGUCUUGCCAUAAAAUUCAUAAUUUAACAUGUUUAUAAGAACUUAGGUGUUUAGUAAUUAUUACACUUUAAUGAUUUUGUUGAGAAAUUUUUUUAAUAAACUGUUACUAAGCGAA